AUGUCCGCAAAUGUUAUAUCUCGGUUCCCGGCGUACGAAAAAAAAGAAUGGAAAAUCUACAAGGAAUCCCAAAAACUCUUCUGGGUGGCCGAUCAAAUCGACAUUGGUGAUGUAGCAUCGGAUUUUACUUCCGCAACAAAUGAACAUCGAAACUUUUUCAGAGUUUGCCUUAUAUCUGGAGCAAUUGACUGUGUGCAUUUCAGAUCAAUUUCUGUUGAUCUCAUGAAAGAUUUCAAGGAUUUGGAAGCAAUCUAUUGCCUUGGGUAUCAGAUGAUGGUGGAUAAAAACCAUCAUGAAUUUUAUGCUCGAAUACUUCAUGACACUGUACAGCAGGUCCAAAGGCGGGUGCUAUUCAAUAAAGUUGAGCAAUUUGCGUCCACCGGAGCCAAAACCACCUGGUCGACUCUCUUUUCAACCCCUGCGUGGAGGAUUAUCGGUUACACAUGCACUAAGGUACUUGCUGAUUUGAUCAGCAAGGAACUGAAGCUACAAUUUCAAUUUGCUUUCCACAUGUACACUAUAACAAUGCAAAAACCUGGUCGUAGGGCUAUCAGAAGUGUUGUUGAUAAGGCAAUUGAAAUUGAGCAAACGUUUUGUGUUGAAUCAAAAUUCUGUGCAGUCACCUCCAUAGAAUUGUCAGAUAUGAUGUCAUUCAUAAAAUACUGUGGUGACUCGGUUUAUGAUGUUCUUCAAAUGGAAGAGCCGGAUGCACUUCCACCGGUCUUGAGAUGGGCUGAAAGUGCUGUGGUGUCCAAAAGGGAGGUUCAAGACCCCAUGGAAUGA